GAGAGGCCGACACAGGGAUCCAUUUCCCCCGGGUGAUCUGUACUGAAUUGCACCAGCGGUCUUCAGGUGUCAGUAUGUCGCAAAAGGUCAGCGCAGAGGAGAUGGAGGAGAUCAGGGAAGGCUUCCAGAAAGUGGAUGUGGAUGGUAAUGGGUACAUCUCCGCCUCUGAACUCGGUGGCCUCUUCCGCGAGGUGGGCUGUCCUUUGCCUGGAUACCAGAUCAGAGAACUCCUCCAGAAGCUGGACCGAGACAAAGACAGCCGCAUCAAUCUUGAAGAAUUCACGGCUAUUUUCCAGGACAUGAAGGACGACCGCAUGGCCCAGGGUUUCAGGAAAGCUCUCAACAAGAAAGAAGGCAUCGUAGCCAUCGGGGGCACCAGCGAGAUCUCCAGUGAAGGAACUCAACACUCAAUCUCUGAGCAGGAGCGCUUUGCCUUUGCCAACUAUAUCAACUCUUCUUUGGAGAAGGAUCCAGACUGUAAACAUGUUCUGCCCAUCAACCCCAACACUGAAGCUCUGUUUAAAGCAGUGGCAGACGGCAUCGUGCUCUGUAAACUCAUCAAUCUCUCUGUUCCUGACACCAUUGAUGAGAGAACCAUCAAUAAGAAGAAACUCACUGCUUUCACCACACAGGAGAAUCUGAACUUGGCUUUGAAUUCAGCCUCGGCCAUCGGCUGCCAGGUCGUCAACAUCGGCGCUCAAGACCUGAAGGAGGGAAAACCUCACCUUGUGCUCGGGCUCCUCUGGCAGAUUAUCAAGAUAGGAUUGUUUGCCGAUAUAGAGCUGAGCCGCAAUGAAGCGAUCGCAGCGUUGCUGGAGGAAGGAGAGAGUCUGGAAGAACUGAUGAAGCUCAGUCCUGAGGAGCUGCUGCUGCGCUGGGCCAAUUUCCAUUUAAAGAAAGUCGGCAUGACCAUAUCAAACUUCUCUGGAGAUAUCAAGGACUCCAAGGCGUAUUUCCACCUGCUCGAGCAGAUCGCUCCAGACGGCAGCAAAGAGGACGUUCCUCGGGUUGACAUCGAUAUGACUGGUCUAUACGAAAAGGAUCUCACGAAGAGAGCCGAGUGUAUGCUCAAACAGGCCGAUCGCCUCGGCUGCCGACAGUUUGUAACCGCUACUGAUGUCGUGUGUGGAAACGCAAAGCUCAACAUGGCCUUCGUGGCCACGCUGUUCAACAAACACCCGGCUCUCACCAAACCCGAGAACCAAGAAUGGAAUCUGGAGAGUGAGACCAGAGAGGAGAGAACUUUCAGGAACUGGAUGAACUCUCUCGGAGUCAGUCCACAUGUUCACCACAUCUACGGUGAUCUGCAGGACGCCAUGGUGAUUCUCCAGCUGUAUGAAAGGAUUAAGGUGCCAGUGGACUGGGACAACAGAGUCAACCUCCCUCCAUUCAAAGGGAUCGGAGGAGGACAUUUAAAAAAGAUAGAAAACUGUAACUACGCUGUGGAGCUGGGUAAGAAUAAAGCAGGUUUCUCUCUGGUGGGAAUCGGUGGACAGGACCUCUACGACGGAAACGCAACUCUAACCCUGGCACUGGUGUGGCAGCUGAUGAGGAGGUACACUUUAAAUGUUCUUGAAGACCUUGGACAUGGAGAAGUUGCGGGAGAUGAUUUGAUAGUUUCAUGGGUCAACAAGACUUUGGCUGAGGCCGGCAAGAGUUCAUCCAUCAAAAGCUUUAAGGACAAAGCAAUAGGUACCAGUCUUCCAGUUCUGGAGCUGAUUGAUGCCAUCCAGCCAAACAGUGUGAACUUUGAGCUGGUUACAAAAGGAGAGCUGUCAGACGAAGACAAACUGAACAACGCCAAGUAUGCCAUUUCCAUGGCGAGGAAGAUCGGAGCGAAGGUCUACGCCCUGCCUGAGGACUUGGUGGAGAUCAACCCCAAAAUGGUGAUGACCAUCUUUGCCUGCCUGAUGGGAAGAGGCAUGAAGAGGGCUUAAAGGAGACACACAUCCACACACACACACACACACACACACACACAAACACACACACAUACACACAAGUACUGACUGACUGUCUGCCUAUUUGAAUGAAGGGGGUGAACAUAGAUAUAUUGUCUUGUUCUUUUAAGUGAUUAUUCUGCAUUAGCCAAAAUGGAAGUGCCACUUUACUCAUCUAUUCUGCAUUAAUGGACAUUUGUGUACACUGACACAAACAGCCACGAUCCUCUGAGUGCUCAAAGGGAAUAUGAAUUUGCUGAAUGGUCAGACAGUUUGCAGUAAAGUGGGACUUCUCCAACAGCUACAUGAAAAAUAUUUAGGUUUUUUUUUUUUUUUCUUGAUCUCAGAUUAGUUUGUGCACAGUACGGCGGAUUAGCAGAGUCGCAUUUAGAGACACUCAAUUUACCAAAAUACCCACAGAUAUAAAUAUAAGUGUGAAUGUGUUUGUCUAGUUCAGGUUGUGCCCAGUGUAUUCUGGGAUAGGCUCCUUCCUGAAUAAACGAGGAAACGUUUUGUUUCUUUAAAUGUAAGGGCUGUGAUACAUGGGAAACAUUUAAAGACAAAGAUCACUUCACAUCUUUCAGCCCUGUUGAAAGCAAAAGUUCAUGGUAGUGAUUUUUCUACUUUUUUCUCAGCAUUUCAUUUUUCUUACUUUUACAUUCCUGUAUUUUUUCCAACAUACUUGACAUUUUUACAGCUGCGUUGCCUCCAGGUCUCCCAUGUGUCCCUGCCUCAAAGCUCUGUUGUAUCUUCCUGAUGUGCCAGCCUGUUCACAGUAUGAGCAUUUAUUGUACUGAAGCCAUAAUACUCUGUACUGAAUACCUUUUGGCCUUUUUUUUAUAUACGACCAAAGCUGUGCUAGAUUAUAGGCAGUUACUGUACAACUGAAUACCUUAAUGCUUUCUACCUUUAAAGAUCAGUAACUUAUCCAUUAAUGCUGAUGUAAUUAAGGUAUUAAGGGGAUGAUCGGAUAGAUUGAUGGAUGUAAUAUAUUUGUACUUUUUAAGGCACAAGUUUAAGUAUUUUUAAUGGAUUAUCUUUAAAGGCAUUUUAAGGGGUAAAUAUAUUUAAUUGACCAAAUAACAUGAAAACCUUCUUUUAAUUUCAAUCUCAAAGGUCUUCAUUUUUCAAUCUUGGUUAACAUUUCAUGCUGUUUGGUAAAUGGUAAACGUGUGUUUUUUACUCCUUAAACUUAUCACAGUGUAUGUACCAUGUAGAUAAUCCAUUAAAACCCAUUAAUGUAAUAAAUGAAUCUAUUAAUUGACCCCAAUUAUAGAAUUAAAAAAACCUAAAUUUGCAUCUUAACGUUAAUUGUAUACGUAAAAAAGUUAAGGUGCCUUUAAGGUACAAAUUAAGGGUUACCUAUAAAUUAAGAAAUGAAAAUUCCCUUAAUAUAUUAUAAACCAUUAAAAUAUCCACCUUUUAACCACACAUCUGGGAUUUUAAAUCCUUAAUAAGAAUUCCUCAAAAUAUCAUUAAUUUGCACCUGAAGAUCCCUAACGUAAACCAAAACCCAACCUUAAUAAUAACCUAAAAUGGAUAAGUACAGAGGAAUAGAAAACAAAGGUUUUUUGUUGGUCUAUGCAGCAGUUUAUCUGAAAUUUAACAUGUCAAAGCUGCUACUGCUUACAUGUAACCUCAGCAACACAGAGGGCGAUGUAUGCCUGUGUUGUGAAAAAAAAGAUGUCUCCUUUAGUCAGUGCACUGCUUUCCCCUCUAUCAUCAAAAUGAUGCCUGAUUCCGACUAUUCAGGAACACAUCUGAAUUUAAUGACUAGCUGAUUAAACAGCUGUGAUUAACACAUGAGUUCAGUUGUAAGAAACAACCUGAGACAGAUUUCCAGUCCUGUUUAGAUCUAAAAUAUAAAAUCCUGUUUGAAUGCUGCAGUUGUAUAUGUGUUUAAAAGUUAUCAGGUUUGUUGCUGCUGAUGAUAAGGUUCCAUAGUCAUAUUUUACUCAAAUUGUCUCUCAGUAAAGCACUUUCCAAUCAGCUGUUUAUUUGUACUGGUCCUUUGAACUGCCACUGUGGGCAGAAAAUAUUGCUUUACAUGCCAGCAAUACCUUCAACAUCCAGUGUGUACAAUCAAUAAUGAAUAAAAGGAUUUUUCCAUA